CACACGUUUUAUUGCCAGUCAUAGGAGGAAAAAAUGUGAAAUUCUUUAUCAGGUGAAAAAUCUACAUUUGUGUUUCGUGUAUCAGACAAGAGAUCGACAGGCUCUAUUUGAUGGUUUAUUUUGCAAGGCUGAUAGUGGGGAAGUGUGCUCUGGAUAUAUUCGAUACUUAAUUGCAGAUAAGGAGAGUUAAAGGAUGACUGAUUGGACCUUCACAAGAUUGGAAAUUGCUCGUUUGGAUUUAGCCGUGGAAGAAUAUUCCUGUAAGAUCUCUUGAAUCACUGGCUUAGUGCUCCACGGCUAUCUGCUUCCUUUGUUUGACUUGGAUUCAAGUUGAGACACUCAGCCAUUCAAAUUAUGAAUCCGAUUUUACUCCUGAAAAUUGGGUGAUUUAAAAAAGUGUGGAAAUAGUGGACAAAAAGAACAAAGUGAAUAAAAUCAUUCAUCAUGUUUUAAUGCAAAACAAAGGAAGAAAUGAUUGAAGAGUGUUUUAAGAAAUGGUUUUACAGCAUUUGAUGGAUACACUGAUACGAAGUCACAAUUUAUAUUUAUGAAAUUCUUCCAGUUUUACUGGGGGAAAAAAAUGAAAAAUAUCUUUUAAGAAUAUUUUGAGGAAAAGACUUUACAUCAUUUUGUCUUGAUUGCUCACAGUCACAACUUACGAUUAUGAAAUUAUUUACUUUAAUCAGAAAAGAGAAGUCAAAUGAGUUACGAAUGCUUAAUGGAAAAUAUUUUCCAUGACAAAAAAUGCUGCUGCUGGAUAGAACGAUACACUGUUUGAAUGGAUGGGUAUCAUGUUGAUCAUUGUUGAUGUGCAAACAGCUUGAGAUUAUUCUGAUGAUGGUUACAAAGGCUAUCAAAUGAAAAUCUCAGCUUGUUGUAUUGCUAUUAGAAAGUGGAUUCGAUAUGGGAGACAACUCAUAUCUGUUGGAAUUCUUCUGUCCCUCUGGGUAACCAUGCUCCUGCUAUUUGACGUACUGUCAGAACACUCACUGUGGACCAACCAAAUGGGCUAUGACAACCAAGUGGGCUAUGACAAUCACAUUUCUCACAAAUGGACUAAACUCAAACUUCAGCACUUAAACCUUUCCAAAAAAAAUCGUUCCAGCUCAUUUGUAAAAAGGUUGGCAGGUGAAAUUGAAGCAGUAAAAACUGAUGAUAUCAAGAUCCAAGGACUGUACCGUGGUUCAGUGCGAAAAAUAGAAUCAAUCGGUUUAGAACAGAGCAACGGUGGAAACAUGAACCUUCAAGAAACAACAAAUGGCAAAACAAUUCCCGGUGAUAGAAAAGAGAGGAAUUUGACAAGAAUUCAGGACAUAAAGAAUUCUCAUUUCUCUCCAGGAGAAGGAACAGUGGGUAACCACACAGACCUUAUACGUUCAAAGUGUAGCAGGGUAAAGAGUAGAAAUGAAUUUUCAAGGUGCAUCAGAAAGAUCGGAUAUCAAACGAGACAAAAAGAUCGAGAUCAACAAGUGAAUUCUCAUAAACAGCGUACCACCUUGCCUCAUGAAAAAACUAGCACCCCAUUUCCCGAUUCCUUCGCUGCAGAUAAUUCUCAUAAAAAGACUCAGGUAUCUUCCCAUUCUGACAGUGUGUUAAGUUCCCAGAUUGACGGAACUAAUUUAGGUGAACCGAUUAACUUUUAUUCCAAUGAUAUUGAUAAAGAGACGUUUUUGAAGUUGAAGCAGGAUGGGUUCUUGGAUUACUCCUACAAUGUGACGGCCAGUGAUAAAUUGGACCUCGACCGCCAUCUGCCGGAUGUCAGACCACACAGCUGUAGACAUAAUGUCCGUGACACGUCGGUCCUACCCAAGGCAAGUGUUAUCAUCUCGUUCCACAAUGAGGCUCCGUCUGUCCUCCUGCGUACCGUAAGCAGCGUGGUCACCCGGUCGGCGCCGUCACUGCUGCAGGAAGUCAUCCUCGUUGACGACAACAGCUCAAAAGGUGCUGUAGACCGGUCGUUUGAAGAUGCUCUUCGACUCUGGCCAAAGGUGAAGUUGGUGCGGACAUCGCGACGCGAGGGGCUUGUACGAGCACGACUCUUCGGUGCAUCGCAAGCGACUGGCUCUGUUCUUGUGUUCCUCGACUCACACUGUGAGUGUAAUACUCACUGGUUGGAACCUCUGCUGCAGGCAGUGUUCAACGACAAGAAAAAGAUUGCAAGUCCCUACAUUGAUGCAAUAAAGGCUGAUAGCUUUGAGUAUGUCCCUGCUCCGGAUAACUUGCACGGAGCGUUCACGUGGAGGCUGGAGUUUGUGUGGAAGGGAAUCCCACCACAUGUGGUACAACACAGAACGUCGUCAGCUGACCCUAUUAAAUCCCCUGUCAUUAGCGGUGGUCUCUUUGCUGUGUAUAAAAAUUUCUUCUUCUCCUUGGGAUCCUAUGAUGAUAAUAUGGAGAUAUGGGGCGGCGAAAACCUCGAACUGUCAUUUCGGGCGUGGAUGUGUGGUGGCUCUAUGGAGAUCCUGCCUUGUUCUCGCGUCGGUCACGUCUUCCGUAACCUUCUUCCGUACAAGUUUCCUGGUGAUGGGCAGACAACUCUUCUACGAAAUCUUGGACGGGUGGCCGAAGUUUGGAUGGAUCAGUACAAAGAGACAUUUUUCUCAGCUGUGGAUUUUCCACGAUCUGUAUCUCUAGGAAACCUGACCUCCCGUCAUCAUCUCAGGAAGACCCUUCACUGCCGACCAUUCCAGUGGUACCUUGAUAACGUCAUUCCAGAGCUGGUCGUUCCACCUUCCAGCGCGGUUGUGUUUGGAGAGUUCCGGAACAGGGCCUCCUUGACUUGUCUCACAUUAAGUAAGAAGUCAGCCAAACAGACAGACUUGGAGCUGUCAGCUUGUCUUGGUGACUCCAUCAAUCAGCUUUCUUACAUUAGCCAUGAUGGUCAUUUCCACCAUGGUUCACAUUGCCUGGUAACAGCUCCCAAUAAGGGACUGUCGUUAGGACCCUGCAAGCACCACAGAUGGCUGUUGAUGGAGAAUCACAUCCAGCUGAAUGGCACAGACCUGUGUGUGACUGGAGUGGACAAUGAGUUUGUGGCCUUGAGGCAGUGCUCGAGAGAGGACACUUCUCAGAUGUGGGACACCACAUACCACUUUCAGAGAGAUAGAAGACAUGUCUGAUGGAGAUUCCUUGGCCACAUCCACUGGCUGGAAUAGUGUGCAGCUUUAACAGAGCAAUAGUGUGCAACUCUCAGUGUCUCCACAAUCAUACAGUUCUCAGCUUUAACAGAGCAGUAGUGUAAAACUUUUAAUGUCCCUGCAAUAAUACGUUUCUCAGCUUUAAGAGAGGAAUAGUGUACAACUUUUAAUGUCCCUGCAAUAAUACGUUUCUCAGCUUUAAGAGAGGAAUAUUGUACAACUUUUAAUUUCCCUGCAAUAAUACAUUUCUCAGCUUUAAUGUUAGAGGAAAAUCUGUAUUUUUCUAGAACUUGGCCAUAAAAUCUCAUGAACAUAUCUAACUAAACCAUGUCUAGAUCUGCCCAAAACACUACCUUGCAUAGAGUGCAGUCUGCACGGGGCAUUCUAAAGUUUUUAACACUGGGAAAUAUGUCAUUUGUGGGAGCUAUGGCUAUGCAGAACAAAAAUGGUGAUUCUCUUGUAGGGAAGUUAAUGGUACUAACCACCAUGAAUGUCAAAACAUUAUUUAAGGUUUGUCUUCAUAGAAAUACAAGCUAGAAUAUAAUGAUUUUGAUGUUCAGAUAAAACAAAACUGAUCUCAAUUAAUGCUUGGAUAAGUGAGUGUAAAAUAAUGUACAUGCAGAUAUUGCCAAACCUCCAGGUCCUAUACUUAUAACAUUUAUAAAGUUUGGACUUGGGCUUUAGCAGAGUCUAGAUACUAGGAAGUCCUAUCAGUGCCACACAAAUAACAUGCAGCAUUUCAGACUUUAUUCUAUCUAGUCAGAACAUUAAAUGUUUUAUAAGCAAUUGGUGACAUGAGUGAUAUUGGCAGGUUUCCUCUAGAAGACGAAUACUAUCUUGGACAAACAGUUGAAUUAUAUUUGCUUAUAAAACUUUCAUAAAAUCCAGACAUUAAAAGGUUUUUAAGCACUGGUGCAGGACCGAGUAGAUAAACUUCAAUUGAAUAUAUAGGCAUGCAUGGAAGUAGCCUGAGUGCCCUGCCAUUCGAGAGCUAGACAGACUUGAGACAGUUAUAAUCAGAGAUAACUCUAUAAUGAAAACACAGAAUGUUUUCCUAAUUCUCUUUUCCACAAUGUUGUGGUUAAAUAUGUAAGUGCUGACAGUUUCUAACUGUAAUGUAUGUAUUAGUGAUUAAUAUGUAAAUUAUUUGUUAUCAUCUAACUGGAAAAAGGAUCACUGUAAAGGUAUUUAAUGUUAAACAUAAGUCUAUUGUUGUAUUAGAAUGGGAAUCUUUGCCUACCUGGUGGUAAAAACAUAUGCUGUGUUUUUGUUACAAAGUUAUCUUGACUUAGAAAAUGAUUAUAACCAUCCACAUAUCUGGAAUGGCAAAGUACUUGAGCUUGCAAGGAAGUUAAUAAUUACCAUCACCAUUUGUUACAGUUACAAUAUGCAAAUUCUAAAGCAAGUGUGCAGCAAAGCCUACCAGACUUUGACAUCAACAGCAUGCUGUCUACCAGUCUGCUAACUAACUAAAGUCUAUAAACAUAGACUGACCAUUCUUUUAAUUGAAGAUAUUCAAGUUAUUAACUCUUCAACUAAUCAGGUGCUAUAAGUCAUAAUGUCAUGAUUACAUAUUGUGAUAAAUUGUGACCUUUGAUAUUUUGAAUCUGUAUAUUACGCUCAAAUUACCAGUCAUAAAGGUAUUUCAAAUUCAGAUUCAGGUUUUUUUUCUUAUGAAUAUUUUUAAUGCUGAAAUAUGUUAUUUUUAAUAUAUGUUUGUACAUAUUAUAAUUUAUAUAUUUAUUAUGUGGUGAUGAAUUUUGUACUUCAGAUGACUGUUACAGGGUAUCAUUAAAGGAAGUAUCCUGUGUUUUUGGCGAUUGUUAAGAUGAUGCCGACCAACAGACACUUGUUAACGACUGUAAUUACAUAUUUUAUAUAUACAUACAUAUAUAUAUAUAUAUAUAUAUAUAUAUA